GUGCCAUUGAACCAGCAGUUUAGCAGCAUCGGUCAAAAGAUUCCGGUACUGCCUGCAGCUGCAACACCUCUAUCUGCUGUCUACACAGCCAUUCAAGGACGGCCGAACGCAAAGAAACCCCACAAUAGGGAAGCCUUGAUCUCAUAGAUCACAUACCGACCCCACAGACCGACAAACCGACGCAUCUCUAUCGCGAGCCCGCCGCACUUUGCAGAGCUGACGAAGCUGCCAUGUCAGACGUUGAAGACCACGUUGACGUCUCGGACGGCGGAGGCGACGAUCUCUUCGGCGACGACGGCAGCGAUGCAUCACUGAUCGCUGACAACCCCCCACUCCCCAGCGAUGAUGACCUCGCUUCGGAGCCAGAUCGCCAACGCAGCCAGCGCAGCGAGACGCGCGAGGCCGCCGGCGGCGAUGUCUACGGCGAGCGACGAGAAAAGACCGUCGCAGAGGAGAUCAUCUACCGUCACGGGCUCCCAAAAAUGGACGAUGGAAAGAUGCAAGCUGCAAAAGUCCCCAAUUUCCUGCGAUUCUUGCCCACCGAGUACAAGUCGGAGGAGUUCCACCCUUCUGGCUGGGCGAUCGAGAAUUCGCUACGGAAGAUUCCCACCAAUGUCGUUCGAUACCGGCACAACCCGGAGACCGGCGCGCUCGAGAGCAAUGCAAAUAUCUACAGAUGGAGUGAUGGUUCUUUGAGUCUCCAAGUCGGCGAGGAGCACUUCGACAUACAGGUCAAGGAGCAAGUGCCGCCUGCCAACAAGCCGUACAUCCCCGAUCGUGACGCACAUCGAUACUUUGCAGCUGCACAUAUGGGUCACUCCCACCUGCUGACCGUCGCACACAUCAACGAGGAGUGGACCAUUCGCCCGGACAAGAAGCGUAUAGAUGAAGACACCGAAAUCCUCAGGGAGAAGAUGGGUCAGGCCAAGGGCGGCAUGAAGGAAGGCGAGAUGAUCAUCACCGCCACAGAGGAUCCCGAGCUGCAGAAGAAGCAGGCCGAGCAGGCCGAGAGGGAGCGCAUCCGCGCGGCACGGAGACGAGAGAAUGCGGCAGCAAGGAUGGACGGCGGCGGAGGAGGAGGCGGUGGCUUCCGAAGGGGAAAUCUGACCAUCGAUGGCCUGGAGGGCAGGCGUCCGGGAGGUGGGCGGAAGCGUGGCCCGGGAGGGUCAUCGAAACGUAGCGGCGGCGGUCGCCGUCGCAACGACGAAUACGAUUCGGACGACGAUCUUCCUGCCGGAGGAUACGGUGGCGCUAAUGAGUACGACCGCGAGGAUGGAUUCAUCGUGGCGUCCGACGACGACGAGGAGAGCGGAGAGGAUGCCGGAGAAGAGGAUGACGACAUCCUCGAUGCUGUUGACCGCGAGGAUCGCGACCGGCCCCGAGCCAAGCGCCAGAGAACAGCCGAACCUUCGGAUGACGAGGAUGCUGAUGGUGAGCCUGAGGAUUCGGCUCCUGCAGGCACGUCUGCAGAGCAUGGGCGGCGGAGGAUGCGGCGGAUUGUCGACGAUGAUGACAGUGAAUGAGCUGGGCCGGCAGCUUGAAGCAAGUAGACAUUCGGGAUCUUCUAAUGGCUCUUUUCAAAGUCUCAAUCUGCCUGGAGGAAGGCCUCGUACGGCCUUUCUUCCUCCCUGCGCUGGUCAUCCAAGGUCAAGCUAAGCAGUCGUUUUUCAGCGCGUUUAAGCAAGUCCAAUGCCUCAAAAAUGGUUGAACACAGACAUUUCUAUCCCUAUCACACUGCUUUCUAACGACGACGGCCAAGUGACCGUGCUGGGGAAGAAGUAGACGGGCAGUAGCGCGGAGCGGGCAAGCCUUGGAGACCAUAUAAGUUCAUGACAUGAAUGUAUCGACGGUUCUCCGCGAGAUGAUGUGAAAUACUACGAAGGGCGGAUCUCUGGAAAAUGAGAGUGGCUGGCCAGUGUCCCGAGCUCAUAAAGUCCCAACAAUCGACAGGAAUGUGC